AUGGCUGCUGUUCUUAGGAGUUUGUUGAACCCGAAUGCACCCGAAUAUAUCCCUAUUUCCACUCCGCUACCGCCUGUGCUGCUUCCACCGCUUCCUCCUCCUCAUCGUACCGUCGGUUCACUGCCGCGGGAGAGUGUCCGACCACCAUCGGUGAUACGCCUUGGUCCGAAUAUUCCUCCUAGGUUGAGAAAUGAUUAUAUCGCUAGACGCGGAGGAGGAGGAGGGCGAGGUUUUUCUCGAUCGAGUAACGGAAACAGAGGUGUGUUUGGAAGAGGAAAUUGUUCAAAUACUGAGGGACGUUUUGUUUGGCGGAGAAAAGUGGGAAAUCAUGACCAGAGACGAAGUGUUUGUUAUAAUGAGAUGAAGAAACACGAUGUGAUACCUAUAAGUUGGACACAUAAGAACAAUACUACUAUCAUGAUCAAGAAUAUUCCAUAUCACUACAACCGUGAAAUGUUGAUGCAAUUUCUGGACGAGCACUGCUACCUGGAGAAUCAAAAGACUGGAGAUUCAAAUGGAGGAAAUAUUCAUGUCUUCGCUUAUGAUUUCUUGUAUUUGCCCAUGGAUUUCAAAAAGAAGAGGAGCAAAGGCUAUGCAUUCGUGAAUUUCACCGAUCAGAGAACUGUGUGGAAUUUUUUUUAUGUUUUCAAUGACAAACUAAACGUGUUUCCGGGAUCUACAAGGAGUGUUAAGAUCGUCACUGCAAAGAUCCAGGGAAAAGAAGAUUUAGUGAACCGAUUCAAGCAAACAAGAUUUGAGUGUGAAUCAGAAGGAUUUCUGCCAGUUUGGUUUAGUCCUGCAAGAGAUGGUUCUGGGGAAUCGGUGCAAAUGAUUACUGUGGGGCAAUACAAAGUCACUCCAUGUUGCUCAUAUAUUCUCAAGAAACCCUAA